AUAAAGCAACAAUAAAACAACGAGAGAAUUUAUUAAAUUUGCAAUAAAUUGGUAUUCAUUAUUUUUAGCAGUUUUUAUUAUUUUAGCAGUGAAUAAAGGAUAAUUGUGUAUUCAGAAGAAUUUUGAUUUCGUACAUAUAUUUUAUAAUGGAAGAUUUUAUUCCAACAAGAGUAUCAAAAAUAAAACAGGACGUCGUGAAGGAAUUCGUAUCGGUAAAUUAUGAAAGACCAAAGAAAAGGGUAAAAACUAUUGAAAGCAAAGAAAACAAUGACGUAGAAAAUUCUAAAUUCAACGUAACAAAAAACGAGCGGAAUGAAAAUGAUAAAAAAAGAAAACAGGAACUAGAAAUGAAACGUGUCAGAUACGAGGUUAUGAAGUUCGGUAUGUCUGGUUUUAAAGAGAAAAAAGCAAAAGAAGCUGAAGUAGCACUCGCUAUAAGUUUAGGAGCAAAACCUCCCAAAAGGAAGGCUAUUAAUUAUAAGAUAUUACAACGUGAAAGAAAAAUUCAGAAGAAAACACGGCGAGAUGACGUGACACAUGCAUCAGGUCUUAAAAAAAGUCUAUCAAAUCAUAAAAAUAAAAAAGCGCGGUCGAAGCGCGGUUCUGAUGGUAUACUGAAUGUUUAUGGAAAAGUAAGUAAGAAAACAUUGGGUAAAAAUCAAAAAUAAAAUUUUAACCAUGAACAUUUAAAAUACUUUUAGUUGCUCUGUUCAAUAGUUACAACGUUAACUAAUUGUCUAACAAUAAUGUGUUUCAUGUACUGUAUAUUAUAUAUGAGUAACAAGUAAUAAAAUAAUAUUUUUAUA